UGUUACUUUUCUGUUUUACAUAUUUAAGAGUUAAGACAUUCCUUUCACUGUCCACUGUUUCCGUUUUCCCUGUAACCCUAUAACAUAAGUGGCUGCGCCGCCGCGUCUGUUGCCGUCGCUCCCGCCGCCGUUUCGACUCCGGUUAUCUCUAAAUCUUUCAAGAACAGACUGAGAAAGGUGAGGAAAUGUCGGAACCAUCAUUGGUAGAGUCUCUAGUUCUUCAACUCCACGAGAUCUCAGCUGUCAAAUUUGGCAACUUCAAGCUCAAAUCUGGCAUCUCCUCACCAAUCUACAUAGAUCUUCGCCUCAUUAUAUCUUACCCUUCUCUCCUCCAGCAAAUCUCUCAAACUCUUAUAUCAUCAGUCUCUUCCACUUCCUUUGACCUUGUAUGUGGUGUCCCUUACACUGCCUUACCCAUUGCCACAUGUGUCUCUCUCGCUCAAAACAUUCCCAUGGUCAUGCGCCGCAAGGAAAUCAAAGAUUACGGAACUGCUAAAGCUAUUGAAGGUGAUUUCAAGCCUGGCCAAAGUUGCUUAAUCAUUGAGGAUUUGGUUACCAGUGGCACGUCAGUUUUGGAAACUGCAGCGCCAUUGCGUGCUGUGGGGUUGAAGAUCAGUGAUGCUGUUGUUUUGAUUGAUAGAGAGCAAGGUGGGAGAGAGAAUUUGGAGCAAAAUGGCAUCAAACUGCAUGCAAUAAUUAAAUUGUCUGAAAUGGUGAAAAUUUUGAGCAAUCAUGGGAAGCUUGACAAGGAGAUGGUAGGAGUUGUUACAAAGUUCUUAGAGGAGAAUCGGAAGGUUGCUGCUUUGACAACGGUGGAGAAGCCUGCAGCAACUAAGGUCAAGGCUUUGUCAUUUGGGGAGAGGGCUAAGCUGUCGAAGAAUCCAAUGGGAAAGAGGUUGUUUGAGAUAAUGGCUGCGAAGGAGAGUAAUCUCUGUUUGGCUGCCGAUGUUGGAACUGCAGCUGAAUUGCUUGAAAUUGCUGAAAAGGUUGGACCUGAGAUAUGCUUGCUGAAGUCUCAUGUGGAUAUUUUUCCAGAUUUUACUCCUGAUUUUGGCUCAAAACUACUUUCGAUUGCAGAAAAACAUAACUUCUUAAUCUUUGAGGAUCGUAAAUUUGCUGAUAUUGGUAACACGGUGACCAUGCAAUAUGAAGGAGGGAUCUUUCAUAUACUGGAUUGGGCACAUAUAGUAAAUGCUCACAUAAUCUCAGGCCCUGGAAUUGUUGAUGGGUUAAAAUUGAAGGGUUUACCUCGUGGUAGGGGUUUAUUACUGCUUGCUGAAAUGAGUUCAGCUGGUAACCUUGCCAAGGGAGAUUAUACCACUGCUGCCGUUAAAAUUGCCGAAGAUCAUUCAGACUUUGUCAUUGGCUUCAUCUCAGUCAAUCCUGCAUCAUGGCCAGGGGCACCUAUAAAUCCUUCCUUCAUUCAGGCAACCCCUGGAGUUCAAAUGGUAACCGGUGGCGAUGCUUUAGGACAGCAAUAUAACACUCCAUAUUCUGUGGUUCAUGAUAGGGGCAGUGACAUAAUCAUUGUGGGGCGUGGCAUCAUCAAAGCAACAAAUCCAGCUGAGGCAGCUCGUGAAUACCGUCUUCAAGGAUGGAAUGCAUAUUUGGCCAAAUGUUCUUGAUGCCCACAUCCUUAGAAUAAAAUGAUCAGCCAAAAUAAUGUUUUAAUGGGACAUCUAAUCUGGCUUGUAACUCAGAGGAAAGGUGGUCUUGAGUACAAUAUAAUGCUAAAAGACAUUUUUCAGUCGGAAUAUUAAAGUUGAGUUUUUAUUUUCUGAGGGAAAUUAAAUAAAAAAUAUAACUUAUAGAAUGGUAA